AUGGGAUCGCCUACCCGGUACGCGCCUCACCUCUCAGAGUUCUACUCGAUUGUCAACCAGGAUGCACAGGACGGACGGCAAGCGGCGCUGCCGCAGGAUGACACAGGGCACGAGCAGGCACUGGGGCUCAACAAGCAGGCCAACCGGUCGGAUGUGAGGCGGUCGAUGUCGCUGGCUGAAUCGGCCGAUAGCUUUGCGCAGCUGCGGCGGCCGUCGUCGAUACGGUCGACCACGACGUCUAUAACGGACCUGCAGACGUUGAUAACCAAAAAGGACAUGGUGCAGACGCAUGACGCAAUGACCCAGCUUGUGCGAGAGAUGAGCGAGUAUGCAUUGAGUCUUGUGAGCAACGCAACCAAGGCCAGCAGCGUGGCGUUCGCGCUGGAGAACAUGGCGCACCUGAAGGGGUGCAACGACGGGUCGGCGGACAAGUUUUUGAACGCAAGCGGCGUGUUCCACCUGCUGUCGAACCACGACCGGAUCAUCGCUAAUCUCGUGACCGAGACGCUCGCGCCGUCGCUGCGGGACCGAAUCGGCGCCUUCGGGGCCAGUUUCAAGACGAGCGAACUCUCCUUCAAGAAACGGCUCAAGGAGGAGACGUUCAAGCUGAAGCUGCAGGAGGGCUACAACAUCAAGUUAUCGAAGCGGAAGAACCGCAACCUCUUUUCUUAUCGCGAAAAUCUCAUGAAUAUGCAACAGCAGCUCGAUUCCAUCGAGGCGUUGAAGCACGAUUAUUACCAGGAGUCAUACGAUCUGGUCGAGGCGUUUUGCCAAGAGGUGCUUAAGGACAUCGCUACGCUAACCAGGGCCCAGGUCGAGAUCAGUGAGAAUUUGGCGCGCAAGGGGUGGUCCGGUGGUGGCCUCGACGACUUGAUCGUGAGCGCAGAUGAUCCAUUCAGCAAGAACAGAAGUGAGGAGGAAGAAUCGUACCAGGAGACCCAGGAUAGCCUGGAGGGGUACACCGGCGGCGUGGAUAGCCCGGAGCCCCACCGAAGCGCGACGCCCGUGACAGGGGGCACUGGUGCCGGCAGCAACAAAAACGAAGACACGAUUCGGAGCGCAUCGAUGGGAACAAACGACAGGAUUUCGGACCGGCACGCGUCGCCCGUACCCUCCACAGGAACGAUCACUGUCGCGCAUUCAAGUCCCACAGAUAUCAACUAUGUAGGAUUCCACAGGAAUCACUCGGACGCAUCUGUCAUGGUUGACUAUUCUUUUUCGCUUCCGCUAGCAGGAUCUAAAAACCAUAUACAUGAGAUUAAAAGUUCCUCCGGAACACAGCAGAAUUAUACAAGUGAAGCCGACUCUCCGAGAUCACCCGUACCCGACAAUACCUCAGAGGAUAUCCUUGAAGCUGUAUCAGCUGCGAGCAAUUUGAACAUAAGACAUGUAGGUAACGACGACUAA